CUAGUGCGGAGGAGUUGAGUGGAAGAGAUAGUUGAGAAAUGGCGUUGAACAAGUUGCUUCGUUAUAUUUCCUUGUCGGUGUUUGCCUUCUUUGUUCAAAAUGGUGCAGGGAACUAUGUUCAAGAACCAAAGCAAAUACCGGAAGAUGUAUGGAAAGCUUAUCAUCGUAAAAGCUGGGAAGAAAAAAUUCGUGAGGGCGCGUUUGGAUUGCCAGAGCACCAGGAUAGGAUAAAACAUUUUCCUACUGGAGAUAAUUUGGACUGCAAUGUACGCUACCUUGCAUAUAACUAUUCUAAAAAGCUGCUUUCACCUUCUGCUAACUUGAAAGCUGUUUUAGAUGGCCUUGAGUUAUCAAAACUUUGUGGUAUAACACCAAAUGUUCCAAAGAGGCAAGUUUAUCGAGAGCACGAAAAGAAGGUUCUUGAGAUCAAAUUGAAAGAAAAGUAUGUCGAGUAUUUUGUCGACCCAAAAGCUGCUGUAAGUCUUAAUACAGUGGAGAUGCUUGGUACAAAAUAUUCUCCUUUCAGGGACGUUAAUUCUGCUUUAAGGGCUUGUGAAUCAGGAAGAUCGAGCAUCAAUGUCCAUUGUAUAAUUAGACUGAGGGAAGGCACGCACUUUUUAGAAAGCGCAGUACAGCUUACACCCAAGCAUAGCAACGUCGUGCUGACAGGGUAUAGGAGUGAAAAUGCUGUUAUCAGUGGAGGUCUGGAAGUAAGCACAACUUGGGAGCUAUUUGAUGAUAGAACUGAACUAUUUUCAGAUGCCAAUAACAUGUUUGAAGGCAUCAAACCUCGUCAGAGCACAGCCAGUGUGACUUUCAUGGGUGUAUUCAAUACAUCAGCUACUUGUAAACUUCUCUGUGAUCACCAGACAACAUGCACCUCUUUCACUUAUUUUGGAAAAGAUGGUGGUGAAUUUGCAAAUAUGUGCUAUGCUCGACUGGAUGGUCGAUGGAACCCAACUGCAGUAAAAGGAGCAGUGAGUGGUAGAAAGGUCAAAAUAUAUGUUGUAGACCUGGCCGGAAGAGGCUUGAAACCAUUUAGGCAAAUGUUUGUUGAUGGAAAGAGAGAAGUAAGAGCCCGUUUUCCAAAUGGAAACGCAGAAAAUACUGGUCUGCAUACAGUCCCUACUGGAUACAUAAAAAGUGCUGUAAAAUGGCUCCCUCCUAAGGCAGCUGAGCCAGCAAAAGAAAUUCAUAUUGAUUAUCCACAUCGAGAGAGGACACCAUUUUCUACCUUCUAUCUUGGAAUUGGUGGUCCUGUUUCACAGUUUGACCCCCCUGUCUCUUACUGGGGGACAAAGUCACCAGCAGGUGGUGGUGGAUCAACAUAUAGAGUGCCAUCAGGACUGCAGUUUGAUGAAGAUCUUGAAUUUGUCAGUAGAAAGUGGAAAAAUGCAUCAACUGGUAUUGUGCAUGCAUUUCAGCAUUACCAUUGGGAGAACUGGAAUUUUCAGAUUGAUUCUAGAAACGAUACUGAUCACACAUUGAGGUGGUCAUUUGGUGGAUUUCAAGGUGCCAGAGGGGCUGAUGAUGGUGUAGAGUGGUAUGUGGAAAAUAUUUUUGAAGAGCUGGAUGUUCCAGGUGAAUGGUUUUUAGAUGAACAAACAAUGAAACUGUAUUACUUUCCAAGUGGUAGGCUUCCUGACAAGAUAAUAGUGCCUCAAAUAGAGUCCCUUGUGAAUGUUGUUGGAACGCAGGAGGAGGCUGUCAAGGGCUUCAAAUUAAUGGGCCUUUCAUUUGCCCACACUGAAUCUACAUUUAUGAAAGGCUAUGCAGUUCCCAGUGGCGGCGAUUGGUCAGUGCAUCACAAUGCAAUGUUGUUUGUCCAAGGGACAGAAGAUCUUAUAAUCAGUGGAUGCAAUUUUAUGUCACCAGGGGGCAAUGGCAUAUUUGUAAGGCACUACAACAGAAACACCACAAUUGCCGAUAAUUACAUCUCUUUUGCCGGUGACAAUGGAAUUGCAGUAGUGGGCCAUUCUAAUUUGAUAAAUGGAACCAACGGAGAUCAACCUCGUGGCACAAAGGUUCUACGUAAUAUCAUUCAUGAUACUGGCAUUUGGGGCAAAGGGACGUAUUCGUUCUCACAGUCAGUUUCUUGCCUUUCACAUUUCGAAGGCAAUGUUUUCUUUAAUGGACCCCGUGGCUCUAUCAACAUUAAUGAUGGUUUUGGUGGAGGGAACGUUCUCACCAGAAAUGUGUUAUUCAACUUCGUCCGAGAAACCUAUGAUCAUGGCCCUAUUAAUACUUGGGAUCGUGUACCUUACCUAACAAAAGUCCUCGAUCCAAACAAAGAGAUGCUACUUCCAAGGGAAAAUUUCGUACGACAGUGCCUUGUUUUGAGCAACUACUAUUCUCUUUGGCCAAUCGACCACGACGAUGGCUCCAGCUAUUGGGUAGAUUCUUACAAUGUCCUUGCCUAUGGAGGCUACAAAAACUAUCUUGGGCAUUCAAAAAAGGCGCUCAAGAACAUUUACGUCUACCCAGAUAAAUAUGCAUCUGAUCAUUUUUGUAUGGAUUCUCGUGGCCAGUCACUUGCAUCAGGAGCUUCUGGCUGGGAUGAGGCAUACGUUUCAAACACUUGUAUUACUAGCAGUGAUUCAGUAUAUCGCAUUGGCACGUGCAUUGAAGAGGGCCUUGAAGAUCUUAUUCCGUAUACUGGCAAUAACGAUUUCUACACUUCAAGCGGAUCCGUUAAGAUAGAAUGUGGCAGCUUCACAUGGACUCUUGAACAGUUCCAACAACAUGGCUUUGACGUCACGUCAACCCAAAAUAAGCUUGUAAGCGAUGCCGAAGUGAUGGAAUGGAGUAAGAAGGCACUCGACCUGUGAACAGAAUUCGUAUGGACAUGACUUUGUGCGUACUGUUUUCUUGUUUUAGAGUACUUUUUGUAAUUUUAAAAUCCUUUGCCGGCAAGUAAGGUUAAAUAAAAGGAAUAUGAUUUGUAAAUAAAGUGGCAUUAACCAAAGUGGAAUAUUCAUGUUUUAUAAUAUACUGAAUAUUUGCAACAGAUUUGUAAUAAUCGCCGAAUGACUUAAUGUUUUCAGCUGCCAAAGCAGUUGCCUUGCCUAACUUACAAGCACUAACAAGCAUAGAUAGCCGUUCUCUGUUUUAGGGAAGGAUGAAGGCCUUGAUUUGUAUCUUGCAGUGAUAUGGUAAAGCGAAGAAAUGAUUGACUGUUUCAUGCCUAAGUGGCUGUUAAAAAUUCAGUGCAUUUUGUCUUGGAUAGUAGGCUUUGGAAGGUUCAAGAUUCAGUUUCUUUAUCGUACCAUACCAUCUACGUAGGCAGAUAAUCAUGCAUAGCUUACUGGAAGGGAAGGUAGCUUUGGGGCCAAGCCUUUUUUAUAUGAAGAAAAGAACCAAAGUCUAUUGUUUAAAACAAUGGAAAAUCACUGGGUUUUGAGGAGCAAUUACCCCCCUUCUAGUUAGCUAGUUA